UCCAGAUAUUUGUCAGGAAGAAACUCCCCCCUUCAUCUUCAACCUUCUGCUCGCCAACUUCUGUCUUUCCAUGGCUUCUUGAUAACUUCUAAACUUGACCGCAUAUAGACAAAACCCAACCACUUUUCACUUUCUCCAACUCCACCUCUUUCCCCCCAAAACUACACAAACCCAAAACAACUCAUGGCCGAACCACAACACCCGCCGCCACCUGCGGAGGCUCCGGCAGCGCCGUCGCCGCCCUCUUCCGCUGCCGAAAAUGCUUCCCCUGCACCGGACAAGGAAGACCCACCAGCACAGCCAACAUUAACUGAACAGACUCCGCCUCCUCCUCUUGAUCCUCUUCCUUCUGAUGAACCUCCGGAAAUUCCAGAAAAGGAAGAGCAACAGCCGCCGGAAACGGAACCUGAGAAGACCUUGACGUUGGAGAAAGAACCGGAGCAGGUGACCGCGGAGUCUAGAUCGCUUGCGGCGAUGAUGGAGAAAGAGGAGCUUCCGCCGCCGCAGCAGGAAGUAAGUGAGAAAACAGUGGCGGUUAACGCCGACGAGGAGGUUUCCGGCGACGUGAAAGAUAAAAGUAAGGCUCCUCAGAGCUUGGUUUCCUUCAAGGAGGAGAGCAAUAACGUGGCUGAUCUCUCUGAGUUCGAGAAGAAAGCUUUAUUAGAAUUCAAGCAGCUUGUUCAGGAAGCUCUAAACACUCGUCAAUUCAGCUCUCCGCCACCUCCAAAAGAAUCUACCAUGGCGACUGAACCAAAAACCGAAGCAGUAUCCUCCGCUGAGUCCGAUGCUAGCACCACCAUAAACCCACCUCAAGAACCAGCAGUUCCUGAAAACCCACAAGAGAAAUCUCAAGAAGAAGUGAAGCUGGAGACUCACUCGCCGGAGGAAUUCUCCACUUGGGGAAUUCCUCUUCUGAAAGACGACCGGAGCGAUGUCAUUCUGCUGAAAUUCCUCAGAGCCAGGGAUUUCAAACCCAAGGACGCUUUUAUCAUGAUCAAGAACACAAUUCAAUGGAGAAAAGACUUCGGCAUCGAGGAGCUUGUCGACGAAGAUCUCGGCGAUGAUCUGGACAAAGUUGUGUUUAUGCACGGACAUGACAAGGACGGGCAUCCAGUUUGUUACAACGUUUAUGGAGAGUUUCAGAACAAGGAGUUGUAUCAGAAGACAUUUUCAGAUGAAGAGAAGAGGAUGGAGUUUUUGAGAUGGCGGAUUCAAUUCUUGGAAAGGAGUAUAAGGAAACUUGAUUUUAGUCCUGGUGGUGUUUGUACUAUUUUUCAGGUUAAUGAUCUGAAGAAUUCCCCUGGACCUGGAAAAAGAGAGCUUAGAUUGGCAACUAAACAGGCUCUGCACAUUCUUCAGGACAAUUACCCUGAGUUUGUGGCCAAACAGGUGUUUAUAAAUGUUCCAUGGUGGUAUCUUGCUUUUUAUACCAUGAUUAGUCCAUUCAUGACCCAAAGGACCAAGAGCAAGUUUAUAUUUGCAGGCCCUUCAAAAUCUGCUGAAGCACUUUUUAAAUACAUAUUGCCCGAACAGGUCCCUAUUCAGUAUGGUGGUCUCAGUGUUGAUUACUGUGAUUGCAACCCCGAAUUCACCAUUGCUGAUCCUGUCACCGAGGUCAUUAUAAAGCCAGCAAUCAAGCAAACUGUGGAGAUUAUUAUCUACGAGAAAUGUGUCCUUGUUUGGGAGGCCCGGGUAGUGGGGUGGGAGGUGAGCUAUGGAGCUGAAUUUGUGCCCGAUGCUAAAGAUGGAUAUACAGUUAUCAUACAGAAACCCACAAAGAUGACACCAAUGGAUGAUCCAGUCGUCUGUCAGAGCUUCGAAGUCAGUGAAUUGGGUAAAGUAUUGCUCACAAUUGACAACCCAACCUCGAAAAAGAAGAAGCUUCUGUACAGGUUCAAGGUUAAACCUUUCUCCAAUUGAGAGUUUUUUUGUUUGUAUUAAGAUUUGUUCUCUAAAGUUUGGAUGUUGAGGUUGAAUUUUUAUCUUUUCGUAGUUUAUUUAUGAAUCUUAGUUGUUGGUUUUACGAGUGAAGACCUAGACCCAUGAUAUAUGUGAGGGCAAUCAUUGGGGAAACAACAAAUAGAAAAGAAGGGUGACAUAUUUGCAGUUGAGUGUUUUGCCCUGUAUAUUUAUUUACAUCGAUGUGUAUAUUUUUUCGAACCAAUUACACCCAUGUAUAUUGGAGGAAUGUGUGUUGCCUAUCUUUUAAUAUUUAAAGUUCUCCAUACCCAAUUUGACCA